AUGGGAGCGGAGGUCUUAGCGCUUUCCGAGGCGGUGCAUCAUCUGACGUCGUCGCAGGGCUCAGAGCCUGUUGUUUUUCUGGACGAGACAGCUGAGGAGGACUGGAGCUGGACCGCACCCCUCUCCAACCCUAUCAUUUGCCUUGGUGUCCACGAGGACUUUGAGGCAGAGCGGAUUGCCAUCCGUGCAGCAGUCAACUCAGCUUUCGGAGCACAGCUAGGGCCAGUGGCGCUCCACUCCUCAGCAUGCCUUCACCUACUUUCCUCCGUGCGGCUGGGCGAUGCUUCUGCUCCUUAUCAAGCUGUACGACCAGCCGUGGUGCAGAAAGACUGUGCUCCACGAGCUGUAUCGGCAAGAUGCUUCAGGAGGGCUUUGCCUCGUAGGCAACCCAUCCGCUUUUUUCUGCGCUUGGAUGAACCUCCUCUCGCGGACUCAGUCAAAGCACAAGUGCACCAGGCCAUCGUUGCUGCUUGCCUAGUUUCCAAAAGUGUCUACGACGACCGAGAUACUCGCUUAAGCUUGGUUUGGCCGUGUGCAGCGGGCUUGCGAUGCAUGCGAUGCGUGACGGUGGACAGAAGCCUGAUGGACUUAUCCAAAGGACGCUUGGUUCCAGCUGAGGGUCCGGUGAUCCAGGCGCUGCAGUUGAAGCUACAGCGCGACGAGAAGUCUUUAGAUGAAGGAAUGCAUGACAUCAUGCAAGAAAACAAAAGCUGUUCCUUGGGCACAGCUGCCGUGGUGCGAGUUGCCUUUGGCGAGCAGGGCACUUGGCCCGGAGCAGGAUCCCAAGCAGGUUGGCCAACUGAUCCAGUCAUCCUGAUGUUCCUCAACUGGCAGGGUGAUCUCCCAAUCCCGCAGACUGCAUCGAUUCGAGUACCGGUUGGUGGUUAUGCUCAGAUGAUUGUAACCCUGCAGCAUUGGCACAACCUUGGGGUGCUGCCAGCUACGUUGACACCACGGCCACUGCUUUCCGAUUGGGGGGAGGCAGAGUUGCUCAGAGCCAUCCAGGAACUUCAUCCCAAGCCUGGGCGUGAUGUGCACCUUGAUGUGGUUCUUCCCUUUCACGGGACGGUGGCAGGCCGUGUCAGAAUGGGUCACGUCCUGUUCGCUGAAUGUGGCAACGUGAAGGUCAUGUGCAAGGAGCAACGACUUGGGACCUCUUUUCAGGUGGUCAUAAAAGAACUUCGUGUAGGUGACGAUUUGUAUUGCAGGGGAUAUCCUGGAUAUGAGUAUAAGGGCGAUCCGGCGAUAUUUGCAACAGAGAUUGUGGCAAUCAAGCCGGGUGAGAGGGGCGAGUCGAAGGAUGUUGAUGCUGUUCUGUUCCAAGAUGACCAGAUUGUUGUUGUGGAGAAGCCCGCCGGCAAGCUGGCCUGGGAAGAUAGCAGGCAUCGACAUGAGCGCGGCACUGCGCUGAAAGUUGAUGCCGACCAGCUGCUGUAUGCUCCAGAGCUUGAAGUCAGCGGUCCUGCGAUUUACAGCAAGCUCGGAACUUGCGUGGAUGCCUCGUCAUGUCGACUGGAGUACGUUGUGCUAGUCGCUGGAAGACCAGAAAGGGUUUCCGUCUGCAAAGCUGCCUUGCGACCUGCUCGUGGCAAACCAAAGCAAAGCGCGGAAACACAGCUGGAAAGUCUAUGGAAGGGAAACGACUGCACGCUGCUGCGGGCUUCAGUGCAAGGUGCUGAGACAAAAUCCCAAGUCUGCAGGCAUUUGCAUCUUCUGGGCUUUCCAGUUUGGGGCGAUCGACGCUUUGGGAACCAGCGCGCAAACUUGCGCUCACGGGCCGUCUUCGGUCUGGCGAGGCCGUGGUGUCAUUUGGUGCAUGUGGAGCUCUACGGAACUUGGGGCGGCAUAAGAGUAAGCAGCACACCGCCACCAGACUUGCUGCGUGCCCCGCGCUGA